AUGUCAGAUUCAGAUUCUUCAUCUGCCUCUAGCGCGUCCGAUUCACCGCGGGGCGGUUCGCCAGAGCCUGAGUUAGCGCCCACAGAAGAACAAGAGCAAACCACGCAGCCAGCUGCUGGUGACGACAAUCAGGAUGAAUCAACUCCUGAUGAGAAUUCAGCUGCAACUCCAGAGACUGAGGCAAAUGUGCCGGUAGAGGAAGAGCUAGAUCCAGAUGCCGAGCCCCUCCAUGUUACAUGGAAAGGUGAGGGGAACUCUGAUCCCUCCGCAAUAGCCGUAGACUUCGUAAUAAUUCAUGGCGUCUAUGGAGCGUGGGAAAACGAAUCCCAAGCAGGGCCGGGCUCCGGUAGUAGUGAAUGGGUAGCAAAUUAUGCCGAAUCACUCGAUACACCAUCUAGGAUUCUUCGUUUUGAGUACGAGCCACUACAGUUAUUUUGUGGCAGGAAAAGCCGCGAGGCCAUCCGAAACUGCGCUCUGAAACUAUUGCGAGCACUUGCUGCUAGGAGAAGAAAUGAAAGUCAGAAACGGCUCAUUAUUUUUGUUGCGCAUGAUAUUGGAGGUCUCCUAGUUAAAGAUGCUCUAUCUGCGGCGGCAGCUGAUAUAGCUUCCUGGGUAGACAUUACAGAAAUGAGUCGUAUUCUGGUAUGUUCAUGGGUUAUCGUUUUUCUCGGCUCUCCUCAUCGAAGUGUUGACCACUUUGACAUGGAAGACAGACUUUCUCGAUUUCUGUUUGGUGCGUUUGAUUCGGGAAUUGCGGAGAUUCGACCUUCUACUUCUGCAAUUUCUGGGUUUGCAGCAGCUGCUAUGGAGAUCAACGGCUUGUUUGUUGAAUCGAAAAUUCUUCUACGCAGCCGAGCAGUUAGCGUCCAUCAUCAAGAAGGAUAUUCAUCAAAAAUAAAUAAGCGGCAUGAAACGAUUUGCUCUAACAGCUGCUCAAAGGCGUUUGACAUUUUCAGCGCAACACUGGGUAUACCCAUGGAGAAAAGAAUUCCUGAACCAAGCGAUAGCGGUUACGACUACUCCCAUCUUACCAAAUGUCUUGGGGAUCUACUAAAUAGUGAGAUUGUUUCUCCCUUUCAUACCUGUAAAGACGGCUAA